GCUGAUCUUAUGCAUUUCCUGGCAAUCCUUGGCAUUAAUUGUUUCGGGCGGAAACGCCCUUGUCGUCCAUGCCAAGGCCCAAGGCUCAUUGUGAAAUGAAGGGGCUGACUCGGGCCUCGUAAGGAAUCACAAUUGAUCGGCUUCUUGAAUCGGACACCUGGCAGGCUGGUCUGUGGGUUUCGCCGUCGACCCCAGAUUCUGAAGAUCGCUGUUCAAAAGCACCGCUGUACAUACUACAAUGGAGAACUGGCUUGGCAGAUUCGAUUCUUCCAACUUCUCAGUGGAAGCCUGACACUGUCCGAGCUUCGCUGCUGUUUCGUGAAAUGGCAUGCCAAGACCCGCCCGGCGAAAAGUCCGCUGUAAUAAGAUACGUCUCAAGUCCAGUAGGCGGUGCAAGGUACUAGACAUCAGGUUAGCAUUGUUAAUUUGAGCCAGCUCAGCAACCAAGAAGCCAAGCAGUCACCUCAUCUCCAGCCUAGUACUCCGUGGCAAACGGAGUGUGACAUUACCUACCCUUCCAAACCAGAAGUAUUCCCUCAAAACAAUAUGUAUGCAAAUGCAUCUGCUAAAUGGGGCAUUUCCAUGGCGAUUCAUUUUAGAACAGCUCGGGGCUCCAGCAAUAGCAUAGUGAAUAACGUGUCCACCAAGUCUGAGCAGUGAUCCGUGGAUUCCUUGUGUCUGGACUCUGGACGCCAAGGACGUUUGAACAGAAAUGCAGGAUCCACGGCUGGUAUAAUCACGUGCAGUACCUGGCACGUGCCGCCUGCCACCCGCCACAGGCAUCUGUCACACCGCCACAGCGAAAUCCCAACCUGGAAAAUGCCGUCGUCACCAUCAACCGACGGGGGUUCGAUUCGCGUCUUUCUCACGACCGUUUUAGCCCGGAUCUUUUUGCCUAGUGUCCUUCGAGCAUCACCUUCUCAUCAGUGAUCAUCUGCUUCGGACUAAAUUAUCGCCUUUAUCAUGAUUGACGGGAAUACGGUACUGUGAGAUCAUACAGAUCAUGGCGCCCAGCUUACAGGCACUGAUUGACUUCUUACUUGCGGAGAUCGCUCUCUGCGGUGAUCAAGGUAUGAAAAGUCUUGUUAUCCUUUUUAUCAUAUCUGCUACAUUAUUUCUCUACUUGAUGUCCCAGCAUGCUGCUAUAGCUUGACCUGAGAUACUGGCGUUGCCUCGUGUUUUGGUUGGCAUCCUCAUCAACUAGGAAUCAGAAUGAAAAGAUGGAACCAUCUCCAUUGAUUACGUUUGGUUUUGUUUGAAAUUCUAUUAAUUUGAUAUCAAACUGACUUUCCAAGGUGCCUCGCCAUCUGACAUUCUGACAUUCAUUCAUACAUUCUACACUGAAUCUCAGGAUGCAGGGGCGAAUAAAAAUGAUAACCUGUCGCCGCACCCUACCCAGAAUGUUGAUCGGCGAUUCCAAGAAAAGGUCUGGUCUUGGUUGACCAGACAUCCUGAAGUCUCUGUCGGCAAAGACAAGGAGGGAAAUCAUUUAACUCUAGCCGACGUUGAGCGUCGCGCAGAGAUAGGUAAAGUUGGUACUAGUCAAGCUGGCAUCGAAGAUAUCCCUCAAGAUGCUUCUAUGAAAGGCAUAAACGAGGCCAAGCCACGUUUGGAUCCCCGUCUUCAAAUCCGGGUUUUUGUCUCCAAGGAACGUACCUGGCUCGCCGUUACCGGCCACGAACCGGAUGAAACGAAAGUCCUGCCAACUGAAUUUGCCCUGCUAUCUAUAAUCGCUUCACGCAAAUCAAAUGGUAUCUUACAGACGGAGCUUGUGAAGCUAAGCGGCCAGGAUAAAAGGUCUGUGCCCAAGCGGACAGACAUGCUACAACGAAAGGGCUACAUCGAAAAAAGAGUCAUUUAUGUGAAGCCAUCCAGAACAAGCCUGUGCAUAUUAAGGAAAUUUUCCCAGGAGAAACCGAUAUAUCAGGCCACCCAGACUCCAGCUGAUCAAGAGACCGCCAAAAGCCACGCGAAUCAAUACUUUAUCGACGUUCAGAUAUUUGUUCGUAAAUUAUUUGAAAUACUUCGCGAGCAUAUUAUAAUUGCGCGCGAUGAUCUCAAAAAGGCCCUUGGGUUUGCAGACCGAUGGCGAUGGAAGUUUUUGUCCCGUGCUAUUCGCAAGUUGGAGCGCGUAGGCGUGGUCAGGAGAGUUAGAGCCAAGUCGCAGUACUCAGGAUCAAGUCAACGGCUGCAUUCAUGUGUUAUGCUCGUCCGGGAACCGUCGGACAGUGAUCUUGACAUGUUUCUUGAGCACGGUGCAAGUUUGUUGGCGAACCCAGAACAAGAGGGGAAUAAUGCCAAUGACGAAAACGAUGAGGAUUUAGAGCCGGAAAACCCUACAGGAGAAGCAUCGUCUACCAGCGGUGCUGAGGUCGUUGCUACCAUCAAGCGUGAAGUUGUUGAGGAAUCAGGUCGAACACUCCCCAUCUGGAGUCCUGAUCGUAGUAUCUACAACCUUCUUUUCGACGUUGUCGACAGUUCUGGGACAUCCGGAAUGCCAAAUUUGGAAAUAAUGCAGGCUUGCUUUGGGGGAUUCUUUCGAAGGCCAGUUGAAAACACGCUGGCUCGUCUAGUCGAAUGCUGGCAACUCUCCCAGCCUCCACAUCUCCGCCAUCUUGCGAUUGUUCGGGAUACCGCUGUUCGGCGAACGAUUACCCACUAUGUACACUAUUCUUUGAGAAAUUUCAAGCAGCUAGUUGAUGCCGGCCUCACAUCUUGGGAGGCCGUUGAGUUUGUGCCCAAAGAUGCUAAGACCAGCAAAGUCUCCAUACCACCUGUUGACGUUGAUCUCCAGGUGGAUGAGUAUGGAUUGUCUCGGAUUAUUACUAUGAAUGGGCUCCUGAAUAGGGGCCAUGCUACUCUGCUUGACUGUGUACGUGUGGCCAAGCCGGCUGAUUAUGUCCUCUCAAUGAACGAUCCUGUAGCAGUCCGUCUGGGCGAUGGCAGCUAUGCCGCUCAAUCUGGUCGUAAAAACCCUCCCAAUGGAGCGCUAAAUCACCCUACGGACUCCUCUCAAGCCCAAAUACUAUUGGAAAACACACUGCGCAAGCCAAGAUGGGAGACCAUGUCUCACGCUUCCCCAAGCGCAGUAGCAGAUGGCUUCGUUGACGAGGACGACUCCAAGGUCACGCGCCGCAAAAAGCCGAAAUUGGACCCCGAGCAGUUCAAGGGAAUGUCUCGGAAAGAGAGACUCGCGGUCCUCGGUCUAGAUGAAACCUACACCGAAUACAGUGUUCUGCUUCUUGAUCGGCCUACCUCCGGAGUAUAUAUAACUCCUCGCGGUCGACGGCGGCCAGCCGGUAAAAGACAGGGACGCCCCAGGAUUAGCAGGAUAGCUGUUUUCAAGUCCUUCCAGUUGACUUCACUUCCUUGGUUCGUCGAAGAGGAAACGGCAGCUACAGAUCCAUUACUAAAAAUGCUUGUGCAGGAGGCUGAGCCGUCCGGACAUCGACAGACUCCAGCACCUUCUGAAAAUCUCCCUUUCAAGGAACAACUUAUUCAUGAGACACCCGAAAAAGCCCCCUCUGCUAACUCAAGAGGGCAUAAGAGAAACCACCAGGAUAUUGAUGCAGUUGAGAUGAAGACCGUUCCGGAAAUCACCCCGUCGUCUGGAAGAAAAAGAGGACGGCCACCGAAGCAACCACGUCUCAAGGGGCCUGAUGUUGUUAGUGUACAAGAUGUCGUUAUGUCCAUCGAGAAAACCCCUGAAAGCCAUAUAGCCGCGCAAACAGUCCGACAGCCCCGUAUUACCGAAUCAAUUGAGACCGCCUCCCAGCUCCAGUCUAAAUGGGAGAGAGAUUUGCCUCCAAAAUCUAGCAAGCAAGUGGCUGAAGAUUCCCUGGAGGAUGUUCGAAUGCACAGAAGUAAACAAGCACAGCGAUCUCAUCAAGAGGAUGGUCAUGCUGAUAGUAUUUCAAUUGUGGACGCGGCCCAGGAAGUAUCGUCAAGCAAGAGGCCCGGCGAAAGUGGGUUGUCUACAUUGGCAGGAGGUGAGCACCUAGCAGAACCUCCUGCUCAAAUCGAGGCUUUGCCGAGCGUUGCGGUGCCACGUGCAAAGGAUGGGUCCAUUGAAGUACUGCCUGAAGAUGCGACUUCGAAUACUACUCUGGCCAUUGGUACAGCCCCAGAUGUAAUGCCUGUUGACGGUUCUGUUCCUGAUAAAACAGCUGGAGGGACUCCUGGAGAAGAACAGCAGUUUGGUGGCCACGGUGAUGCUUCACAGACCCCCGAAGCGCAAAGAUUCCCAGGUAGAAGAAAGAGGGCGGAACGAGGGGGCUCAGUUGCUCUUCUCCGAAGGAAGACAAUAAUGGAUAUCGUGGAGAAGGCUGGAGGAGCGUUCCCGAUGGGCACCGAACUCUGGUAUCCAUUUACAACUAUGUGGAUGAAGAUGAAGUUCAAGGAGAAGCCGGAUAUGCGCACAAUCAAAAGCACCGUCAAACAUUUAAUAGACUCAGGAAAGCUUCGGCAGUUGACCUUCAGCGGUAAAGACAGUCGAGGAGUCAUGAUCACGAAGAGCAUUGUGACAAAACCUGAUGUACGGCCAGAUGAUCCCCUUGUGAAGGAAAUGCAAAAAGGAAUGCUUUCAGCAGGAUCUGGGUUCCAUUUCCCACAAAACACCGAGAUGAACGCAGAAUUAACCAAGAGCGGUAGAAGACUAACCCCUCGGGAUCCAAACGCACCGUUUCCUAUCGAGACUGGUAUGACGGUUAGAUUGCAGAAUAAGCCGGCUUAUGUUUUGCAUAGGGAACAGAGGGGCGUACGAAAUGCCCAGCGGCGACUUCUCAGAGACAUUCAACUUAGAGCAGAGGCUGUUGAUGAUGAAACUGGCCGACCUGUUCGUCUUCUGCAAAUCCGUCGUGCACCGCUGAUGCCAGCGCUGCUGAGGGAACAAUCACCUGUUAUGAACAGUCUCACGUCGAUAUCCAGGCCACUAAGACGGCAUGAAGGAGAAAUGCGCGGGCCACGAAUGAGGCGACUUCUAGUUCCUAUGGCCCCUUAUGCCAUGCUCAUACACCCAAAGCAGACAUUUCACGCGUCCUCAGGAACCUUUGGCACGGAUGCUGGCCUAGCAUCGCUUCGUAGACCACAAUUUACACGAGAGAAGCGAACUGCUGCAGUAGUCACAACGACCUUGCCAGAGUCCCUAGAAGACAUCCUUGCCGAGACACGAGAGGGGGAAGCUGAUUUCUCUGCCAAACCUGACCCUCGUUCGAGCAAAUUUUUGUCUGAAAACGAGGCGAUUCUUAAAUGGGAGCUCGAUAGCCAGGCCCUCCUUCGCAGGAGAAGUGUGGAUCUUCGAUACAUAAACCAGACGGUCCAGGAUUCAUUUGAUGCGGUCCCAAUUGAGGGAGCCAUCCGGUUUGAUACUGAUGAACCCAGCCGGCCAUCGCUCCAGGAGCUAGAGCCUAAGAUUACUAGACAAGCAGCUCACCGUUACGCACUGUCGGAUAUCCGACCGGCAACUGAUGCCUUUGUGGAAAGUCACAAUGAGCCCAUAAGACCAUCUAGACAGUCCUCUACUGGCACCGUUCCAACAAGAAAUCGUCGCCUAGCGAAGCUGAAUGAGUCAAUGGCUGCAUUGGAGAAUGACAGCUUCACAGGUCAGAUGGCAUCCACAAAACCAGUGGCCCGUCGCAGUCGACCUCAGUUCGUGCCUGAUCCAUUGCUCAAGCGGAUUAUGAUCUCCAUCGCGGUGGUUCGAGGAUUGGCCGGAGGCGUGGAUGGUAGGUGGAUCGAUUGGGGGGUCAUGUCAAAAAUUUUCCCAGACCAUGAACCCGGAUUCAUACACGACCGUGCGAAACAUGUCCUCAAUAAGAAUAGAUUACAAAUCGCUAAGAUGCAAAGUGACUUCCAAGAACGGUUCAUCGGAGCAUAUGAAAAGGACCAGGUUCCUCGGAUUGACUAUGAUAAUCUGGAAGGGUACGAUUGGAACAGGGUUAUCAGUUGGGCUGCCGCGCAACUGGACGUUCCAACGCCGUCGGGGAAGAUGCCUGACCUUCCAGCUACCAGGGAACAGUUCGAUGGUCUUUUCGAGUUACGCGAGGAAACGCCGUUGUCCGCGCUCGACGAUAUAUACCAGAGCACCCAGAAUAUCACGACGUAUCGCAAGCGAACCCUCUUCGCCAGCGUGCCUUUUGCGAUCCCCCUGCAAGGCUAUCGUCUUGAAACGACAGCACGCAAAGAAAAGAACUCUUACCUUGCAUCUCUGGAGGUAGCCAAGACAUGGGUCCGAGCCAACGUCACCACACCCGAGGAGCUGUACAAUCCCAUUGAAGCGCGAAGAGCGCUAAAUUGCUUUGGCGAAGACAUGAUAAGCCAUGCCGUACAGUCCCUAGUGACAGAACGCGUCAUAUUAAUGGGAAACCGCGGCCGUAUCACACCCGGCCGCAACUAUGACCUUACAGAACAUUUCCUUCAGACCCUGAGCCGGAGACGCUUCAUAGACAGCACUCCACUACGACGCGCGGCACGAUUCAAAACCAAAGCCCUUGACCCAGUCUUCCGCACCGACGAAGGCGGGCCUGGAACCUAUGAAAUCCAGUACGGCGCCGAAGACGGCGACAUUCUAGCCUUGAUCAACCUCACUGCCAGCGGGAAAGUGAUUCUACGACCGCGUGAUCCUCCACGCGACAAGUUCGGUCUGACCGAGGGCGGAUACCUGACACGGAAAAUUGAGAAAUCUAAACUAUACUUUGCCAUCGAGGUCCAACCUGUCAAAGGCAUGUAUGAAUUUGGAAACCCGGUCCAGGAGAAAGCAUCUCAUGUUCCCCCUCCUCGUCCAGUGGAGGAGAACACCGAUACCAACAUGACCAUGAACUUGAACAAAUCGAACGCGAUAACCUACCCGUACAAGAUCCCAAUCUGGUUCGAUCUCCAUGGAAACUUCAUCAAAGUUCUCUGGGAUCUUGCCGUUGCCGCCGUGAUAGGCUCCGUCGCUAUCCGUCCUGGCAUCAGCGCAGCUGGCAUUGCGAGCAUGCUGAAGCCCACCAUGGGUGCGUGGGAGGUUCAGCUUCUUCUCGAGUGGAUGCUGGCCGUUGGAGUUGUGGGCGUAAGAGAUGUUGAUGUUGAUGAUGAUUUGGAUCGUAAGCUUCCUGCUGAGGAACGUCCUGGAUGGGCAGUCCAGGAGAAUUGGUGGCUGGUAUUGAAGUGAGGUUGUUGUAUAUACUCACUGUGUACCUACUUUGUAGCAUGAGCUUUUAUCAACUUCGUACA